UACAAUGCGUAUUGGUAAAAAUCUUAAUACAAAAAGUUAUGGAAUAACUAUACCAUUGGGGUCAGAUUUACGUGAAGCAAUAAGUAGAGCUGUUUUAGAAUUAAAAGAAAAUGGAUUUCUUUAG